AAACUAUGAGGAGUCAUUUCAAACCUUCGCACCAAUUUUCAACUACAGUUGACUUCUUUCUGGGAGCUGUAUUUAAACGUAUAUGCAUCUCCCAGACUAAUUUCUGCAGUUUCUUACAUUAAAACGAAGUACACGCAUUUUGGCAAAGAUCCAUCCAUUUCUUUUUUAUAUGGAUUGGUGGCAAACCCAGAAUUUUUUCUUCCCGUAGCACCUAUGUAAAUCAGGUGCCUUUCUUCUCCGCAAGCUAUCAGAUUGCAAGGCCAGAUUUUUCUCGUCAAAAGAUUGGAUUUUUAUUUUUUAUUUUGAUUUUCCCAGAAACCACUUGAGCUGGCUUCUAAUUCUUAAGCCAGAAACAUUGUGAGGGUGUGAGAGAGAUGGCAGGCGGUGAGAGCUCAAGGCAGAUUGAUCAGACGCCUACGUGGGCUGUGGCUGUUGUGUGUACGGUUAUCAUCGUCUUCUCAAUUGCAUUGGAAAAGAUUAUUCACAAACUUGGAACGUGGCUGACAGACAGGCACAAGAAAGCUUUGUAUGAGGCUUUAGAGAAAGUCAAAGCUGAAUUGAUGAUUCUCGGAUUUAUCUCAUUGAUCCUUGUAUUUAGUCAGUACUACAUUGCUGGAAUAUGUAUUCCAACACAUGUUGCUGACACGAUGCUUCCCUGUAAAGCUGCUGAGAAAGUUGCUAAUGAGGAGGAACACCGUCGUAGGCUUUUGUCGUAUGAACGCCGCGCUUUGUCAGCUGGUCAAGAACUUAAAUGCAAGGAGGGGUAUGCAUCUCUCAUUUCUGUUGAUGGGCUGCAUCAAUUACACAUCCUUAUCUUCUUUUUGGCAGUCCUGCAUGUAUUUUAUAGUGCUAUUACUAUGUGGCUUGGAAGACUAAAGAUUCGUGGAUGGAAACAAUGGGAGCAAGAAACUUCAUCUCAUAAUUAUGAAUUCUCAAAUGAUCCUUCGAGAGUCAGAUUUACUCAUGAGAUAUCUUUUGUGAGAGCUCACACGAGUUUCUGGACCAGGAUUCCUAUAUUCUUUUAUAUUGGGUGCUUUUUCAGACAAUUCUUUAGAUCAGUAAGCAAAUCUGACUAUAUGACCCUGCGCAAUGGCUUUAUUAGUGUUCAUUUAGCCCCUGGAAGUAAAUUUAACUUCCAAAAGUACAUUAAAAGGUCCUUAGAGGAUGACUUCAAGGUGGUUGUGGGAGUCAGUCCAGUGCUUUGGGCAUCCUUUGUGAUAUUCUUGCUCCUAAAUGUGAAUGGUUGGAGGGCACUGUUUUGGGCAUCUGUGAUUCCUCUAAUCAUUAUUUUAGCUGUUGGGACAAAGCUUCAGGCUAUUUUGACAAAAAUGGCGCUUGAAAUCACAGAAAGGCAUGCAGUCGUUCAAGGAAUCCCUCUUGUACAAGGCUCAGACAAAUACUUUUGGUUCAGUCGGCCUCAAUUAGUUCUCCACCUCAUUCAUUUCGCCUUAUUUCAGAACGCAUUCCAAAUAACAUACUUCCUGUGGAUAUGGUAUGAAUAUGGAGUGCACAACUGCUUCCACGAAAGUUUUCAGCUGGUCAUUGUGAAAAUGGCCUUGGGGGUGGGAGCCUUGUUCUUAUGCAGCUACAGUACGCUGCCUCUUUAUGGGCUUGUAGCUCAGAUGGGGUCACGCAUGAAGAAAUCCAUCUUUGAUGAACAGACAUCCAAGGCUUUGAAGAACUGGCACAUGGCCGUAAAGAAGAAGCAAACCAAGGGAGCAAAAUCCCCCUCCAGAACCCUGGGUGGAAGUCCAUCUUCAUCCACGCUCGGCUCGAAGCUUCGCCCAAAAGCCCCUUCACUGCAUCGCUUCAGAUCUCUUGGCGUGCCGUCCCGCUCCCACCCAUUCGACGACGGCGAUGUGUCUGACCUUGAUAACGAUCCAUCGGACGAUGCAGUGAUGCAAGUUGAUUUCGAGGAUCAAGGCAGUAAGAGCGAAGGUGACUUCUCCUUCUCAAACCCUACUGCACCAUGAGAUGCCACUGUCUUCUCAUCGCAAACUAUUCCAUUCAUUUUAAGAGACAAAAAACACAUUAUGUCAAAGGUGUUAUUAGAAAGAUGUAGAUGAAUGAAUUCCCACGGUUGUAUAUUGUGUGUGUAACUCACACUUUCAAUAUAUAUUAUACGACUAUAAAAUUCAAACAAAUUACAUUCGUCC